GCAUGAUUUUUGGAUUUCCAAAAAACUUGACAAGGGCACAUCUUCGUAGUUAGUCGGCAAAAUGGGUGCUCAGUAUUUAUAUACUUCAAUUUUUUUAGCUGCUUUUGGAGCCUUCGUGUCAGCCACUGUCAUGGGUUGGUCAUCCCCAAUGCUGGAACGGUUGAAGAAACUCGACGAUAACCCUCUGGGAAGAGUCAUAACCAGAGGUGAGAACAGCUGGCUCGCCUCUCUCUCCAUCCUCGGCUCCUGCAUUGGGUGCAUCGUGGUUGGGAUGUUCACGUCUAAAUUAGGCAGAAAAACCCUUUUAGUUCUGAAUGGAAUCAUUGUUUUCACAUUUUUCUUAGUAAUGGUUUGGGCAGAGUCCGUAUGGCUCCUUUAUGUCUGUAGGCUGAUGACUGGGUUUGGAGUUGGAGGAAUAUUCAGCGUGCUGCCCAUGUAUUUUGGAGAAAUGGCCGAAGCGAAGAACAGAGGAAUGAUCAGCACCUCCAUGGUGGUCUUUCUGAAUGGUGGAAUGCUUUUUUCUUUUGCAGCUGGACCUUACUUCACCUACUUUUCCUUCCAUAUAACUUUAGCAGCCUUAGCUGGAAUUUUUACCCUGAUGUUUUUCAUUUUUGCACCAGAGAGUCCAUAUUAUCUUAUCAGAACGGACAGAUCAAAAGCAAAAAGCGUCUUGAAGAAGCUGAGGGGAGAAGAAAAACUAGACGAAACCCUUGAUAAGAUGGAAGAAUCCCUUAGAAACCAUUCCGAGGUUUCCUUUAUGGAAGUCUUCAAGAGUAGAGCAUCUGUGAAAACUCUCAUCAUCGGAAUAGGUGGUUUCACUUUCACACAGUUUACUGGAUCGAGUAUAUUCAUGUCUUACAGUGAGACAAUUUUGAAGGAAGCUGGAGGUGCUAUACCACCAGAAGAAGGACCCAUAAUAAUAAACGUUAUACAGUUCGUGACUUCCCUUGUAGUCACCAUUUUUGCUGAUAAAUUCCCUAGAAAAUACCUACUUGCUGUAUCUCAUGCGGGCAUAGCAUUAUCUCAGAUACCUUUAGGAACCUACUUCCAUCUGAAAUUUAACGACUACGAUUUGAGCAGCGUAUCAUGGCUUCCCCUGAUUUGUAUGAUAGCCUUCUCAGUGUUGUUCAGUGUUGGUGUUGGACCAGUCUUGAUGACUUUCAUGGGAGAGAUAUUUCCCCCUAAAAUAAAGAGUGUGGUUGUUUCCUGGUUGAUUGCCUACAAUUUGGGCAGUUCUUUCCUCAUAACACUCCUAUACAACAGUUUAGAAGAUGCUAUAGGUAUCGACUACUUGUUAUGGAUUUCCGCAGUUUUUGGUUUCGCAGCUGUGAUAUUCGUUUGGUUAUGUAUGAUUGAAACUAAGGGAAAAACCCUUCAGGAGAUACAAGAUGAACUGAAUGCCCGAUACAACUGAAUUUUUUCGACCAAGAGAACUCACAUAUAGCUACUAAAUGGUAUUACAUAAAGUGUGCAAAUGCCCCAGACUCAGUAGAAGCUUUAUAAGCUCCAUCAAGUGAAAUUUUUUUCUUAACUUCAGUAUAAGAGUAAAAACGUAAAGAAUUGAUUAUUCUCAUUUGAGAACAAUGAAUGUUUGUCUUGAAGGUGAACUUCACACACCUGAAGAAUAAAAACGAGAAAAAUACUCAUCCUAGUGAAAAUCAUGUAAACCAUGUAAUAUAUAUAGUUUCCACUUAUACUCCGUAGGAGUAGAUGUAGAUGUUAUGCAUUAUAAAGCAGGUUUCCUGAAGUGAUUGCCAUUUCUUCUCAGUACUAAAAAAUCUCACAAUUUACCAGAAAUGCAUUAUAUUUUUUUAACGAUUUGUAUAUUUUUCCAUUUCUAGCUAUAACAAACCCUGAUGGUAGUUCAAUAAUAAUAAAUGUAUGAUUAUUUUUA